AUGGCUGGAUAUUAUGCUCAACUCCAUGGCUUGUGUGACUUUAAGUUUUAUCCCUUCACUGACAUGAACAAGAUAAUCCUUCCUUUAGAAGAUUAUAUUGAAGAUAAAAUUGGCAGAGUUCUUGGCAUACAUAACAGAGAUGAAAUAGGAUUAUCAAUUGUUCAGGUAACCAACCUCAUCUGGCAGCUGAGAGCAUCCCCCUUCAGCUCCACCCAGGAAUCCCAGUAUUUAACAAAUAUUGUUGAACAAGCCUUUCUAACUAACACAACCGACCCCUUCACCAACCACACCAGCACCUUUGUCGUCAACCACACCAGCAUCAGUCACACCAUCACCGACACCGUGACCGUGGAGGAAGGCCACAUGCUCGUUCUAAAGUGUGUUGUUCCUCAGGUGAAGAGCUCUUCCCUCCAGUGGCUAGCCCCCUCAGGGUUUACCAUCUUUUUUAAUGACCAUCCUGCUUUAAAAAAUUCCAAAUACCAGCUUCUUCAUCACUCCAUCAGCCAGCUCUCCAUCAGCGUGCCUAAUAUCACUCUGCAAGACGAAGGCGUGUACAAGUGUUUGCAUUACAGCAACACUUCCGUGAGAACAAAGGAAGUGAAAGUGAUUGUACUAGUGAGCCCUCGCAAGGCAAUCCUUGAAGUUUCCACUAUCAGAGCUCAAAAUGGGGAACAGCAUGUUGUAGUUAAAUGCUCCACCAUAAGAAGUUGGCCUCCUCCAGAGAUAACCUGGCAACUGGGGAACGGUAUUGAGUUCUACAGUGAAACUCAACACACACUUGAUGGGAAGAAAUAUAAUUCAACCAGCACACUCAGAGUGCAUACUUACAGCAAGACCUCCACAGCAGACUGCAUCGUCCGACAUGAAGGCCUGCGAGAGAGAAGACUAAUGGCCUCUUUCCGGUUUGAAGAUUUCGUUACCAGUCAAGAGCAUGUUUCAGAUGCUGGGGAGGAAAAUUCUCCAUCCCCUCCAAGCCCUCAGCUGCCCACUGGGACUGUUGCGGUAAUAGAAGACUUGAGUACAUCAGAGGAGGAUAAGAAAGAGGAAGAAGGCAUCACCCAAAGCUUUGACUUGACCCCUGAAGUGAAUCCCAAAUCUGUAGCGCUGAUAAGUAAGAAGAGUGGCAUCCUCUUGCUUACUCUUGUGUCCUUCCUCAUUUUCGUGCUCUUCAUCAUUGUCCAGCUCUUCAUCAUGAAGCUGCGAAAGGCUCACGUGAUCUGGAAAAAAGAAAAUGACAUUUCAGAUCACACAUUGGAAAGUUACAAAUCCAGGUCAAAUAAUGAAGAGAUAUCAGCCCAAGAGAAAAACUGCCAAACUUCUGACCCUAAGAGCUGUAUGAACUACAUCACCCGACUGUACACAGAAGCAAAAAUAAAGAAGGGCAGCAUGCCAUCUUCACAAUCAAAAGGCGCAAGUGCUCACGUACCAGAGAGCAUUGUGUAA